ACGUCGAGCGUAAGGACCACGGCGGUACACGACAAUAAUGACGGGCAGGGGCUCGAAGAGGCGGGGGCGCCCGCCCAAGUCCGUGGUGAUGGAGCGACCGAAGAAGUUCCAGUAUCACCUGAUGAAGAAGCCCAAGUACCUGCAGAACAGGAUGGCGAGCGGCGCGCUCGGCGGCGGCGGCGAGACACCGGGCUCGCAGCCGAGCACGCCAACGGUUUCGCGGCCGACGUCACCCUCUGUGGAGAGCGAGGAGAGCAGCAAGCGCAGCACGAGGAAUCAGCGUAAGCCGCGGAGCGCCCGCGACCGGCACUCGCGCAAGGGCGGCCACGCCGGAGCCACAGGUGGUGCGUACCAGCGUCGCGGCUACAACCCCAACGUCGAUUAUCACGACUCCGAGUAUCACUACGGCUCGGAUUUCGGCGACGAGUCGAGCGAGAAGAGCGAGCCGGAGGAGGAGCCGAUGCCGAGCGACGUGGACACCUCCGAGAGCAUAGAGGAGCCCGACCCCUCGAGCGACAGUGACUUCUCGCUGUCCAGUUACAGCACUACCAGUGGCACGCCCAGGAAAACGCUGCUCGCUCAACAGCGCCCACCCAGCCCGGAGCCGUUGUGGCUGCAGAACCGGGAGCUGCCCCCGUUAGUGUUGCCCAAGUCCUCGGACGAUUUGUUGGUCCCCAAGGAACUGGUCAUGCCGUCGCUCUCAGUCUACGAGGUCCUCAGGCACUUUCGCACCCUGGUGCGCCUCUCCAGCUUCAGAUUCGAGGACUUCUGCGCCGCCCUCGUGUGCGAGGAUCAAACCAAUCUGCUCGCCGAGAUUCACAUCAUGCUGAUCAAGGCGCUGCUGCGGGAGGAGGACUCGCAGCAGACGCACUUCGGCCCGCUGGACCAGAAGGAUUCGGUGAACGUUAGCCUGUAUUUCGUGGACUCUAUGUCGUGGCCAGAGACGCUGCGCUCGUACGUGGAGAGCGACAAGAGUUUCGAUCAGAACAUUUUACAGAUAUUAACCAAUACUGAAUAUCCUUUUACUGCCAUCGAGGAUAGAAUCAAGGUCUUACAGUUUUUAACAGAUCAAUUUUUAAUCACAAACCCUGUGAGAGAGGAUCUGCUGCAUGAAGGAGCCAUGCACUACGAUGAUCACUGCAGAGUUUGUCAUCGGCUAGGAGAUCUAUUGUGUUGCGAGACUUGCCCAGCUGUAUUUCAUUUAGAAUGUGUAGAACCGCCUCUGGUCGAUGUUCCUACCGAGGAUUGGCAGUGUAGUACAUGUAAAGCCCACAAAGUGAUGGGUGUCGUGGAUUGCAUUCCCGACGUUGAGAAGAACGGAUCAUUAUGUAGACAAGAGCAUUUAGGAUUCGACAGACACGGCAGAAAAUAUUGGUUUCUCGCAAGAAGAGUUUUUGUUGAGAGCGAAGACGGCGAGGUGUGGUAUUACAGCUCGCCUUUGCAAUUAGACGAGCUGAUGCAUGUGUUAGAUCAAAAUGAAAUGGAAGUAGCGCUUUGCCGCGAGUUGUCGGAUUACAAGGAGGAAAUAAUCCGUCAAAUGGAACUCACAGAGACCAUCACCAAUCAGUUCAAAGGAAACAAGAAAUCGUAUCUGGAAGUAGAAAACAAUCUUAUACAAAAGAUACAAAAAGAACGGCAAGAGAAACAGGAGAAAGAGGAGGAGGAAAAGAAAGAAAAGCAGAGGCAGGAAGCAGAGGAAAUGAUACGCAAGAUGCACGAGAACACAGAUUCUCUCGAUGAGCGUACGGCAAUGACGGAACAGGGUGAAACAAAGGGAUCCAGUAAUGAGUCGACUCCAGCUACACAAGUACCUGAGGUGGUCGGCGAGACUGUCGAGGUCGACGCCGAAGCGUCGUCGACCGCAGCGAAUACGGACAAAACCGCGAAAACUAGCGCCUCUACGUCAUCGUCGGAAGAUAUUGAUGAAGAGACGUUAGAAGGAGAGGAGAAAAUGGGAAAAGACGGCAAAAAGCAUACUAUCGUGACAAGAUCGAAGACUGGAUCGUUACAACCACGAACUUUUAACAUGGACGACAUAAAGAGACGAAGCAUGGCGCCGUUGUCAAAGGAGGAGCAAGAGAAGCUAGACAAGAGUCUAAAGGAUUCCGAAAGUGACGGCAAUACUAGAGUGACACGUCAGAAGGCACAUCAAAUUGCAUCUGGCACGCACUUAUUCAAAUUGGGCAUGGACAAUAACUUCAAAUCGUAUGUCAAUCAGUACACCACCAACACCAUCGCGCUAAAUAAGACCCAGAGGAACGAGGAACGCGAUAAGAAGCGUCACUUGUCGCACAAGUUCUCGCUCACGCAAGCAUCGGAGUUCAAGUGGGUGGGCACUCUGACGGGCACCCGUGCCCUGUUAGUCAGUACCCUACGCCAAACGAUUCUGCAGCUCGAAAGCAAUAUUCAGGCGUCGUACAUGCACACCAAUUGGCCGCUACUGCGAAAACCAUGGACCGCGGCGGUGGGAGCGUGUGUGAAUCCGCGAGACUUUGCGCGCACUCUUAUUGUUCUGCAGGCGUGCAUCAAAUCCGUUGUGUUUGCGAGUGUGUGGCACGACCAGCUCGGUCAUGUAAAACUGCAACGGGUGACCGCGCUCGAGCGCGAGGAGAAAAAACGCCAGGAUAAGAAGGAAAAGAAGGAGAAAGAGGACGAGGAGGAGCGUAAUCGGCUCUUCAACUUUGUCAAGUACACGCUCGGCCUCAAGCAUCAGGUGUGGAAGCAGAAGGGCGAGGAGUACCGGGUGCACGGCCAGGGCGGUUGGCUCUGGAUAUCGGCUCGACGCCGUCAUCGGUUCUCGGACAUGACGAAGAUGGGCUUACGCGCUGGUCCGCAGAAAAUUAUGGUACAGAUCAAGGAUCAAAGUGGCCAGAAAGUACUCGCGCUCGAUCCGCCCACUUAUGAAUUCCUCAUCAAAGAAUACUGCCCGAGUAAGACGGAGAACGGUAUUGUGAAACAAGAAAUCAAAGAAGAAGGUGUAGAAGGUGAUGCGAUAAAACAGGAACGUAAUACGGAAACUAUAAAGAAGGAACCUACGACCGACGGCGAGACGAACGGUGUUAAUCCCUCUCCAUCAGUAAAAUUGGAACCCCAAUCUGUUAAACAAGAAAAAAAGAUGAAUCUGUCAUUUUUAGCCGGUAUGAAAAUCGAAAAGGUUUUUACUCCGAUUACCGAGUUUGAAGAGAUUGACAUCAACAAGGCACUAACCAGUCCUGGAAGACUGCAUUAUCCAAAAGUGGCGAAAAAGACGAGGAUCGACGAUUUCCUGACUCGCAGAUCGCAUUUGAAGUUUUUGGAAGAAAGAAAGUUAUUGCAAUCUGUAAAGACGAAAGAAGCGAGUCAGACGCCAAAUCAGAAAGGUGGGGACGGCGACUCCUCGGAGGUUGAUAUGGAGAAUCACGAAGAAAACGAUACAGACGCCGUUGGCGGUGGCGGAGACGGCUCUCUGCAAGGUCUUUUGUCGUCGCCUGCCGGCAAGCAACAACAGCAAGAAAGCAAAACGACGACAACGGCCACCUCUGCGCCCGGGAAAGAAAUGCUGACGGCGAUUAGCAAGCGCAUCCAGCAGGUGCGCUCGCAAUACAUGGCUACCAUGAAGCUAUGCAAGAACGGUGGCUGUUACUCGCGCUACUGUAACAUGAAUAGCGUCGGCAAGAACAACGCCGUGCAAAUUAACACCGCGCAGACAGUCACUCCGAAUUUCGUCGACACCUGUUACUCGCCUAUGUGCAUGCGAAAGACGCGGCUGAAGCGCGAACUGAUCUCGCUGAUACGCAAGGCAAACGCUCUCAACAACAAUCAGUCCUCGCUACAGGCCGCAGUGACUUCCGUGAAAACGGAAACCCUGGACGAUUCGAAGGACGCGAUCAGGCGGGACUUGGAAUCGGCGGUGGCGACGGCAACUCACUGCAACGAGGAAGCAGCGACGGCGAAGACAAAGAACGCCGUUUCCUCUCCGAAGAAGAUCAAGCUCGAGAACGAGCAUACGGAGAAUACCAGCGUGACUACCGUCACAACGAGUAACGUCGUUACAACCACCACAACGAUCACGACGACGACUCAGCAGACGGUGAAGAACGCGGGUGGCGUAAAGCAGGAGCAUUCUGCCGUUAAUCGCAAUUCGACGACCGUCUCUUCGGAAACCACGACCACGACGACGAAUAAGAACAGCGCGAAGACUGUGAUGAUCGUGAACCGUAGAGGCAGGACAGUGCAGCGGAGUACAUUCGUCAAAGAGCUGCACGCCGAUGGGACCGAGCGGAUAUACACGACGACGGCGACGGAGGGUAAGAUUUAUUUGAAGAAGGUGGCGUUCACGAUGGCUGAUCGUAAGAAGAAACGCACGCCGGUCAAGUAUCCGCUCUGCUCGACCUUCUGCACGAAGAACAAGCAGCGUAGUAUUCUAAUACUGCCUCAGCACGAAUUGAGGAAAUUAUCCCGCGUCGGUGGUAAGAUACCCGUGCAAGGGUUCCAUCAUCAAGCCAAGGCAAACAUGUCGGUGUGGCCGUAUCCUUGCUCCAGACCUCUGUUCAAGACUUGCUGGUUGUACAGAACGGUUGGCCUCAAAUCGCUGGCCGCUGCCGCGAUUCAGCUGAGGAUACUCUGGGCCUGUCUCAGAUGGGAUGACAUGUCGGCCAAGCCGGUGUCCACCGACGGCAAGAAUCAGAUGACCACCGAUACGGAGAUCAUGUCGUUGGAGAUACUGAAGCAUCGGCACGUCGGGCAGUUUCUCGACAGGACUCAGUAUCUGCGUAGGAAGGUCGUUAUACCGCUCGAACUUCCGAAACAAGUCAGAGAGGUAACGUCCAUAAGGAGCGGCCUGAGAAAAAGGAAGCGUCCGGAAUCUCCGCAGAGCACCGAACCACAAGUCACUGAAGAAUGGGUCGAUGAAGACAAGUUGGAGCUGUGGGAGAUCAAACAAUACGGCGACAGGUUAGAGAAGGCUAAUGCGCAGAUUAUUACUAGGAGUCGCUCAGGAGCACCGCAGUCGGUGGUCGUCAGCGGCGGUAAUAAAACCGCCGCCACCGCUGCUUCGGUGGGUGGCACGACCGGUCUGACUGGCGACCAGCUUGUGAGUGGUAAAGCGACGCCGGAGGAGAUCAAGGAGAAGAUGGAACAGCAGUUGCGUCUACAGCGGGCGGCUCAUCAGCAAAAGCGUGCUCUGGAGACUUUCAAAAAUCAAUCCACAAACUCGACAUCGCCCGCCACCCAACUCGUCAAAGUCACAGCCAACUCCUCUCACGACGGCACAGUUAAAUUGGUCUCGAAAGUCGCGAUUCCAGCGAACCCGAAUAGCACGAAGUCGCAGUUGACUUCUCUCCUGACGACUCCUACGCAAAACAAAACGUUUAUUGGUACACGGCGUAUUUAUAUGACCAAGUCUGCUGAUGGAACCACCAAAGUUGUGUCCGGUCCUACCAGUAUUUUACCAAAAACGCCGCAAGCCCAAGGACUAAAUCAGCAAUCCUUGAUCAGGGUGACACCAACGACCACUACUAGUUCACCGGUGCAAGUGCAGCAAAGAGUGCAAAUUCUCAGAGGACCAGACGGAAAGUUGCAAGUGCGCGGCUUGUUGCCGGGCCAGCAGUUGGUUCAGAUGCCGGACGGGAAGCUGCAUGUGCUGAAUGUAAGCCAAACUGUGGCCACUACCGUUGCACAAGGCGCUCAAACAAAUUCGACAACAUCUACAACUACUCCACAAGCGAAGACUAUGACUGUCGUUAGCAAUAAAACGGCGACGGAAAAUACAACUGCGACUAAGACCAGUCCGAGUGCAAAGGCAACGCCGAAUUUGGCGGUGCAACAAGCGCAAACGCCGCAGCAAGCUCAGGUUGUACAAACGGUUCAACGUGUGAAAGCCGCAACCGUGACUCUGGCACCCGCUACAGUGGCUCAAACAACAAAGAACACUAUUGUAGUCACCAACGCAGGACAAGCCGCGCAGGUAAUAUCCUCCGGUGGACAAGUAAUAAGCGGUAAUCCGAUAAUGGUCACGAACGCAAACCUGGUCCAGCAAUUGGCGUCAGGCAAGGCCCAGUUGACCGCGAUCGGCAAUCAAGUUGUAAUACGCAACACGUCCAAUCAAAUUAUGCACGUGAACUCGGCUAAUGGCGGAUUUAUCGUGAAAGGCACUGUUGCUGCCAAUAAACAACAAGCUCUGCAAACCACGCAAGCUUCAACGGUUACGCAAUCAGCUGUGACUACAAACACGAGCACGACUACGACCACCGCAGUUUCCACCGCGUCGGUGACGACGACUCAGAGUUCCGUCUCGACUCCAAUUUCUGAGACUGUCGAGGCUACUUUAUUGGCAGGACAACCACCUGGCACGGUGAUCAAGUGUGUGACAGCACAAGUCAUUAGUACAGCCGAGGGCCCGCGGAUUGUGCUGCAGGGCUUGCAAGGCUCGGAUUUUACACCGCAGCAAUUAAAUAUGGUGCAGCAACAAGUCAAGCAGCAGCUUCUGAAAGCACAUGCAUCGGGUGGCAAGCAAGGUGUUUUGGGACCGACAAAGAUUUACCUGGCUGUUCAACCAGCCCAAUCGUCCAACAAUCAGCAAAAGCAAUCGCAAAAUUUGCAGACUUCGCUUACAAAUACUUCAACAUCAUCAACUCCAAAACAGCAACAGUCUACAACUUCCCCAUCGUCUAUCAAUGAAUCGCAAAGCACCACCGAAACCAUUCCAAAAACUCCGCAAACAACACCGAAAUCGACGGACAAACCGAAAGUGGUCGUUCAGCAAGUGGGACGCGUGGCAAACACGACAGAGGACGACACGCAGAAGGCUAAUAUAGCUAAUGGCCAGCAACCGUCGUCACAAUCGACGAAAGAAGGAAACGACUCGUCGCCGAAUAAAUUUAUACUGACCCCAGAUUACAUUCAACAAACAAUCAAAAAUGCUUUGAAACAAGAGAAUCUGAAUCCGGAGAUAGAAGAGAAAUUGUUACAGCUGCAACGUUACCAGGAAAAGCAAAUGAAGGGUGGCGUAGAGAAUUCGGUGACUAGCAAUCAGACUCAUAAUUCGCCCGCGGCAACCACGCCGCGGCCGCCGUCGCGCAAACGGCCGGCGCCGUCGUCAAACAUUCCAGCAGCAACAGCAACGACGACGCCAACAAACGCGCAAUCGUCGUCUAGCGGGGUUGACAACAAAGAUGACAAAGACUGGGUGGAGACACCCAGGAAAAGACCUGCAAUAAAGCAAGACAAUCGCGAAACUACCCCAAAAAUGCCGAAACUAUCGGAGGCAUUAGAUAAUGAUUCGUCACCUAAAAACCGAGCCGCAAAAUUGAAAGACAGCCAAGAGCAGCGGAGAAAACUGCAAGUGCAUUCCCGAAUGCAGGUUUUAUUGUUCCGGCAUAAAGAACUUCUUAAAAAAGACAUUCUUAAAAAGAGAGCUUUACUUGAGAAAGAGCUUCAGAUCGAUAUACAGAAGGACCUUUCAGCGGAACUCGCGACCAGAACGAAAGCAGAGAGGCACAAACAGGACGAAGUAAAGGUUGGCAGUGCGAAGCGAAAGGCAAAUGCUCAAGUGGCUCAGCAAGUUAGCCCAUCCAGUCGAAGUGGUAGUAGCAGACCGAAAAAGCAUAAGGGUCAGAGUAACAGUACAACGCCUCCUGGAGGUUCGUCGGCCGCGUCUCGCAUCAAGAAAGAGAAACUAUAUUGUUUAUGCAGAACUCCUUACGACGAGACAAAGUUUUACGUGGGAUGUGAUUUAUGCAAUAAUUGGUUCCACGGUGACUGUGUGGGCAUAACCGAAGAAAUAAGCAAGUCUCUGUCAGAAUUCGUUUGUACAGAAUGCAGACAUGCGAGAGAUACACAAGAGUUGUAUUGCCUGUGUAAACAGCCUUAUGACGAAUCUCAAUUUUACAUAUGCUGCGACAAAUGCCAAGAUUGGUUCCACGGCCGAUGUGUCGGCAUUCUUCAAUCAGAGGCCGACAACAUCGACGAGUAUGUUUGUCCAAAUUGCCAGCGCAAUUCCUCCGUCAACUUUGCUAACAUGAAAAACCUCAACGCAAAAGACCUCGAUCUGUUAAAGAAAUUAAUUAAGCAAAUACAGGCUCAUAAAAGUGCAUGGCCGUUUAUGGAACCGGUAGACCCUAACGAAGCGCCAGAUUAUUACAAAGUGAUAAAGGAACCAAUGGACUUGCAAACUAUUGAAUUAAGGAUAAAUGACCGGUCCUAUAAGAAACUGAGCGAGUUCAUUGGUGACAUGACGAAGAUAUUCGAUAAUUGUCGGUAUUACAACCCGAAGGAGUCACCAUUUUUCAAAUGCGCUGAAUCCCUAGAGACGUACUUCGUCCACAAGAUUAAAAGUCUGAGGGAGAAGUUCUCGGAAGGGAAGUAAUUCAAUCAAAAAGAAAAAAAAAGAAAAACCAAUGUAGCCGUGUUUGGAAUCGAGUCGAAGUGAGAGUGCACGAGAAUUAAUUUAGUGCAGUGCGUUUUAUGGAAAGCAGAAAACUGAACAGUUUGUGCCAGUACAGUAUGUAGAAAAAAACUGAAACUCUCUCGGAAUAGACUUAAGUAUGUAAAAGUAGA